AUGCCGUCGCGCAAGAAGAACGCCGGCAGCGGCGCGGCGUGGCGGCGGAACAGCGACGAGUCCGUCUCCCCGAGGUGCGUCCUCGACGACGGCUACACGACGAGCACCAGCAGCGCGGGAGCAACGACGGCGGCGGACAUGGCGUCUCCGGCCGUCACGGCGACGUACACGGACCCGUCGACGACGUCGCUGCCGAAUAAGCUGGCACAGUCGACAGCGGCGCGGCAGGACGGGGUGCCGGCGGCGGCGUGGAAGGCGGUGGCGGAGGCGUGGCGAUCCCGCGCCAAGCGCCAGCUCUCCGGCCGCAUCAUCCCUCCGCUCGUCCCCGCGAUGUCGUCGACGCUCCGGCGCCUCAGCCUCCGCCGCCCCGACGGCGACCGCGCAGCCGCCGCCGGCGAGGCGCACGAGUUCUGCGUCCUCAAGCCCACCCUCCGCACCUUCACCCUCGCGGAGCUCAAGAAGGCGACCCGCAACUUCAGCAAGGAGAACGUGGUGGGCCGGGGCGGGUUCGCCAAGGUCUACCGGGGCAGCCUCCCGGGGGGCGAGCUGGUGGCGGUGAAGAAGCUGACGCCGGCGGCGGAGGGCGGCGACCGGGUGGAGGGGUUCCUGGCGGAGCUGGGCCACGUGGUGAACGUGAGCCACCCCAACAUCGCCAGGCUCGUCGGCGUCGGGGUCGACGGCGGGGAGCACCUCGUGCUCCCGUUCUCCCGGCUCGGGUGCCUCUCCGGGAUGCUCCACGGCGGCUGCGGCGGCGGCGCGGAGCCGAUGCCGUGGGAGGCGAGGUACAGGGUGGCCGUGGGCACGGCGCGCGGGCUCGAGUACCUGCACGAGAGGUGCGCCAGGAGGAUCGUGCACCGCGACAUCAAGCCCGCCAACAUCCUCCUCAUGGACAACUACGAGCCACUGAUCUGCGACUUCGGGCUGGCGAGGUGGCUGCCGGCGAAGCUGACGCACCUGCAGGUGACGGUGUUCGAGGGCACGUUCGGGUACGUGCCGCCGGAGUACACGACGCACGGCGUGUUCAGCGAGAAGACGGACGUGUUCGCGCUCGGCGUCGUGCUGCUCGAGCUCCUCACCGGCCGCCGCGCCAUCGACGCCGCCAAGCUCAGCCUCGUCUCAUGGGCCAAGCAGUACCUCGACGACGGCGACGAAGACGAGAUGCUCAAGAUGGCCGACCCUGCCCUCGGCGGCCGGUACGACGUCGAGCAGCUCAGGAACAUGGCGUGGGCGGCCAAGCUCUGCGUCCACAGCUCCCCGGACCAUAGGCCGCAGAUGAGCAAGGUCGUCCGGAUACUGGUAGGAGAGGGGACGCAUCCAUGUGCCGAAGGAGGGCAACAUGGGACCCACCAUCUAGGUGAGCUGCAUGAAAUGAACGGCUACGAUGCAGCACCUGGGUACUCGGAUGAUCUAAGCCGCCAUAAGGCUCUCGCCUUCGACUUUGACGGGGAAUCCACACCACGAACAUGCGUUGGUUCUUGAAUUCUAUGCACGGCUUUUUAUUGUGGUUGGGAGGUUUUGUACA